GCACACUGAUGUCACGUGCUCCACACGUGUCUCCUUAUAGAAAACGACACCUCUGUGUUUCUCCUGACUUUCACUAUGAGUUUAUAGCGACAAAAAGAUCUUCGAUUCAAUUAACGUUUUCCUCAGUUUCAUAUCAUUAAUACUCUGUUUCUUGAUGUUCAUCUCCGCGCCUUCAUCAUCAAUCUCCAUCGGUCCCUCGCAAUGUUUCAUAUGUCAUGCUGAUGGAGGUAGUUGCUCAGCAUCAUUAGGAGCUGCAAGCAGUUGGAUCAAGCCAUCAUACGAGGUUCAGAUAUUCUCUGACCAUUCAGGUAUAAGGACUGAGAACCCUUUCUUUGGAGCUGCACAAUCGCAUUGGCUUGCUGUAGGACACGAGAGUAGCCUUUCAAGAAUUUCAGUUGCAGCAGAUUACCCAGAUUCUGUUCCUGAUUCCCCUAACUAUGUCCGCAACAGUGGCUAUCACCCUCUUGAAGGAAUGCGAGACCAGAGACGAGUUCGUGAUACUGAACUCACAGCUGCUGAAAUAGCAAGGACAACUGUUGAGGCUAAUAACAAUGCAUUGUUGAUAUUCCCUGGCACGGUUCAUUGUGAACCUCACGAACAAGUGUCAUGGGCAGAAUUUCAGUACGUGAUUGAUGAAUAUGGAGACAUAUUCUUUGAAAUUUAUGAUGACAAGAAUAUCUUGCGGAAUCGGGAUGCAAGUAAUUCCGUGAAUGCAUUGAUUGGAAUGGAAUUCUCCCAAUACGAGAAGAGGAGGGUAGAAUCACCUGAUGACAUCAAUUUAGCAGGUGAUUCUGUUGAUGAUUCUAAUUUCUUUGACGAUUACUUCGAGGGCGAAAGUUCUGAGAUGUACGACUAUCAAGUUGAUUGGGGGAUGCCAGAUAGUUCUAGCCCGCUGCACCCAGUUUAUUUUGCUAAGUGCUUGACUAAGGCUGUUCACAUGAAACAUGCUAAGAUGAUGGAUCAUCCAUCAAAUGGCAUUUCAAUUUGGGGACGCCUCAAGCCUGCCUUUCUGGAAGAAGAAUAUUACGUGCGAAGGCUCUUCAGUGGCGAUGAAGUUAGUGACGGCUCCACCUUGGAUUGGAAAGAUGGAGAAAUUUUGAGCUUUAGUUCAAGAUAUGACAAGAGCCGCACUUUGUCUUCUAUCUACAGAUUGGAAAUCAUGAGAGUCGACCUAUUUUCUGUGUAUGGUGCUCAGUUAGCAGUAAAUUUGUAUGACUUCCAUGAUGCUGAGCCUGACAGUCUUGUAUACUCAGCUCCAGCAAUUUUAGAGUGGUUUCGGCAGCAAGGAAUAAGGUGCAAAUAUGCACUUAAAGCUCUUUGCAGAAAGAAAGGACUUCAUGUUGAGAGAGCAAAUUUGAUUGGAGUUGACAGUCUUGGCAUGGAUGUCAGAGUUCUCUCUGGAACAGAAGUGUGGACACAUCGUUUCCCCUUCAAAGUUAGGGCACAUUCAGAGAUUGCUGCUGAGAAACAGAUCCGUCAGCUUCUUUUUCCCAGGUCUCGUCGUAAGAAGUUUAGGACUGCUGAAAGAAGUGGAGAUUUGGACUCACUUUAAGUUUAAUCUUACUGUUUAGAAGCAGAUGUUAUGAAUAAACAUAUAUUAUCUAUAUAUGUUACCAAAUAAUUGUAUGCAGUUAGUUCUCAGUUUUGAUUUUCUUUAAUGUCGUGAUGGAUUUGAAUUAUAUAUAGUGAUCAGUUGAACCCCUUUUGAUUAGAUAUACAAAGAUAAAAAGAGAAUAGUUAUAUAAUGA